CUAGGAUUUUCAGUUUCUGACAUGGUCAAGAUCAAACAACAUUUAGAGAUCUGCAGUGUUCAACAAUCUCUUAUUCAUGCAACGGAGUGUCUUCAUUUUAUGUUGCAGGGCCGUAUUUAAAACUGCAAGCUUGGUAUUGUUUAUAUAUGGACUCUCAUAUGUUACUAUGUGGGCAACCUGUUGUAACUGGUUUUGUCUGGAUGGACAACCUGAGGAGAUGCAGCAGAGGCCGCAGCAGGGUGCCAGACCCCAGGCAUAUUCCAACCCUGGUUACAGCUCCUACCCUUCUCCUACAGCUUCUGAACAGAACUGCAAGGCGUGCGGGGUGCACUUUGAAAAUUCCUCCAGGAAGCACAUCUGCUUUGACUGUAAAAAGAAUUUCUGCACUUCCUGUUCAAGCCAGCCUGAAAACAGUCCCCUUCUCUGCCAUCUCUGCCAGCGGUUUCAGGCAACAGCGUUUCAGCGGGAGGAGUUGAUAAAGAUGAAGGUGAAGGAUCUCCGAGACUAUUUGGCACUCCACGAGGUUUCCACCGAGAUGUGCCGCGAAAAGGAAGACCUGGUGUUUCUGAUUCUUGGCCAGCAGCCUGUUAUCACCCAAGAGGAUAGAAUACGAAUCUCACCAUUAAACUCUGGCACAUCUGGACAGCAAAGCUUCACUGUUCUGCCGCAGACCAGCACAGCAUCUUCUACCUCACAUGAUUCCUCUCCAGUGUCUGCAGACUCUGUCUUGAGUCCUGUAACUCAGGAACAUCAACAGGCAAAUGGGCAUGUGCCUCCAAGCCAAGACGAAAUGACAGGGAUUGAAAAUGCAGCAGAAGCACCAACAGAGGAGGAGACGCAGUCUGUUGAUUCAGAGGAUAACCUAGUGCAGGGGCGGAGGGCCUCUCUUUCUGACCUAACGAGUGUUGGAGACAUUGAUGCGCUGUCUGUGCGACAGCUGAAGGAAAUCCUUGCUCGCAACUUUGUCAACUACAAAGGCUGCUGUGAGAAGUGGGAGCUGAUGGAGAGGGUGACCCGUCUUUAUAAAGAGAAAGACCAUCAACAUCUGGUUUCUGACACGGACGAUCAAAAUGGCAAUGCUGGGCUCCCUCGCACGGAAGAGAAUCUCUGCAAAAUCUGCAUGGAUUCACCCAUCGACUGUGUCCUGUUAGAAUGUGGCCACAUGGUCACCUGCACCAAGUGUGGAAAGCGGAUGAGUGAGUGUCCCAUAUGCAGGCAGUAUGUGAUAAGAGCUGUCCAUGUCUUUAAGUCCUGAGUGAGCAUGAGGAAGCCCUGUGUUACCUUAAAGCCUCAUCUGCUGUUAGAGAUGAUCAGAAUCUCUACUGCUGGGCCAGAGACUGGCACGUAGGACCUCACAUGAACCCUGGAGCUCGUGGGCAAGACAAAAGAAGGAAACUUGUAGACUUGUUCUGAUUCGAGCCAUUGACUGGCUGUGCCCUUCACACCACAGUGCUUUACCCUGCAGUGCCUAGGCGCCCGGGCGCCUGCUGUCAGUAGCAGACAGAAAUACCCAGGAGCUUGCAGUCUGGGCUAGCUUGGGCAGCUGGUGAGGGGACAAAGAAUCGCUUGACUUUCCCAAACUAACACCAGAUUCUGAGGCUUGUUAUUUCCUCCGCAAUAAUAAAUGAGGUGGACUGAG